AUGGCCGACGAAUCCCAUGAUACUUCAAUUACCGAAACGUCUUUGGAACAGAUCGACAAGCUAUAUGCAAAGCACCAACAGAAGUUCAAGAGUCGAGCAACUAUACCUGUCGAAUGGAGGAUAUACAAUCUCAAACAGCUCUGGUGGAUGAUCAAGGAUAAUGAGGCGGCUAUCCAAGCGGCGUCCAAAGAGGAUCUAGAUACAGGCCCUUUGGCAUGUUCAAUCAGCGAUCUAUGGCCGGUGUACAAUGAGAUAGCCCUUGCUAUACGGCGACUACCAACGUGGGUGAAGCCUGAAGUCCGUUGGUGGGAUUCUCAAUUGGCGUUCAAGUUCAUGUGCCCGACAAUCAGGAAGCAGCCUAAGGGUGUCUGUUUGAUCAUCAGUCCUUGGAACUACCCUUGGCAAUUAUCCCUUGUCCCGCUAGUCCAUGCUAUUGCAGCUGGCUGUCCAGUGAUGCUCAAGCCUUCUGAACACUCGCCAGCUUGCUCUGCUCUUCUUGCAAAGCUUUUACCUCAGUACCUCGAUUCUGGAGCCUACUCGGUUGUCCUUGGAGGGCCGCAACAAGCCGCUCAUCUCCUGGAGAAGUCGUGGGGACAUAUCCUCUUUACAGGUUCUGGACGUAUUGGCUCGAUGGUUGCGACUGCAGCAGCAAAAACAUUAACACCGAUGACUCUGGAGCUCGGAGGCAAGAGUCCAGUCAUAGUCUCGAAGUGCGCAGACUUGCGAAAGAUUGCUCGACGGAUCUUCAGUAUCAAGCAACUGACCUGCGGGCAGAUGUGUGUCACGCCAGACUACAUCCUAUGCGACCGCGAGGUGGUCAAGGAAUUCGUGGAGGAGUGCAAACAGACGCUGGAGCAUUUUUUCCCACCUGCACCUUCCGAACAAUCAAUGCUUAAACAACCGUUCACAUCACGAUUAAGGACCAAGGAGAGCUACGAUCGCAUGCAGUCGUUCAUGGAACAAGCAGAUAGCGCGGGGCGGUUGGCUUACAAAGGCGAAGCCAAUGCGGGUAGCCUGAGAAUGGGAUUCAGCCUGGUACUGCUGAAUGAAGAUGGGGUUGGCGAGACUGGCCCACUGAUAGAAGAGGAAAUCUUUGGUCCUGUCCUGCCGAUCAUACCGUACUCUAGCCUGGAUACAGCUAUCGAGUAUAUCAACAAUGGACCGGAUCCUCUAGCUAUCUAUGUCUGCUCGUCAAAGAGAUCAGUGUUCAAACGAGUCUGCGAGGAGACGAUGAGUGGCUCUUGUACUUGGAAUGACUUUGCGUUCUCCACUUUCGCACGAAGUCUGCCAUUUGGCGGAGUCGGAGCUAGUGGCUAUGGCGCAUAUCACGGCGAAGACGGCUUCAAGACUUUCACGCAUCAAAAGUCCACACUGGAGAUUCCCCUUUACUUUGAACCACUGAUGAGUCUUCGAUACCCUCCGAUCACGGCUUUCGGCCAGACGGUCCUCACUUCCCUCUUGCUCACUGGAUCAAGUUUCAAUCGGCCUCGAUCAGUCAGAGAUGAACGCAUCCGAUGGUACCAGGGUCUCCCGUGGAUGUACAUUGUAGGGGUCGCGUUUGCCUGCGUAUUUGCUGUCCUGGUCAACCUUGACAAUAUCCAGGCGAGAACGGGAAUGCGAGCUCAGACACUGAAUAUUUGA